GUUCCCGGUGUGGAAGGAUGGCUGGGAGCUGGAUUUUGUGUUCCCUUUGGCUGUUGGAUGUUUUGGUGGGGCUCACGGGGGGGCACAGCCUGUUUUCCUGUGAGCCCAUCAUCCUGAGGAUGUGCCAGGACCUACCUUACAACACCACCUUCAUGCCCAACCUCCUCAACCACUAUGACCAGCAAACAGCAGCUUUGGCCAUGGAGCCCUUCCACCCGAUGGUGAAUUUGGAAUGCUCCCGGGAUUUCCGGCCCUUCCUGUGUGCCCUGUAUGCCCCGGUGUGCAUGGAAUACGGGCGGGUGACCCUGCCCUGCCGCCGGCUCUGCCAGAGGGCCUACAGCGAGUGCUCCAAGCUCAUGGAGAUGUUCGGGGUGGCCUGGCCCGAGGACAUGGAGUGCACCAGGUUCCCGGACUGCGAUGAGCCGUACCCUCGCCUCGUUGACCUCAGCUCGGCCGGGGAGCCCACGGAAGAGGCCCCAGUGGCAGUCCAGAGGGAUUAUGGCUUUUGGUGCCCUCGGGAGCUGAAAAUAGACCCCGACCUGGGCUACUCCUUCCUGAGGGUGCGCGACUGCUCCCCUCCCUGCCCCAACAUGUACUUCCGCCGCGAGGAGCUCUCCUUCGCCCGCUACUUCAUCGGCGUCAUCUCCAUCGUCUGCCUCUCCGCCACCUUGUUCACCUUCCUGACCUUCCUGAUCGACGUCACGCGGUUCCGCUACCCGGAGCGGCCCAUCAUAUUCUACGCUGUCUGCUACAUGAUGGUGUCGCUGAUCUUCUUCAUCGGCUUCCUGCUGGAGGACCGCGUGGCGUGCAACGCCUCCAGCCCCGCCCAGUACAAGGCGGCCACGGUGACCCAGGGCUCCCACAACAAGGCCUGCACCAUGCUCUUCAUGGUGCUCUACUUCUUCACCAUGGCCGGCAGCGUGUGGUGGGUCAUCCUCACCAUCACCUGGUUCCUGGCCGCCGUGCCCAAGUGGGGCAGCGAGGCCAUCGAGAAGAAGGCCUUGCUUUUCCACGCCAGCGCCUGGGGGAUCCCGGGCACUCUCACCAUCAUCCUCUUGGCCAUGAACAAGAUCGAGGGCGACAACAUCAGCGGCGUGUGCUUCGUCGGCCUCUACGACGUGGACGCGCUGAGAUACUUCGUCCUCGCCCCUCUCUGCCUCUACGUCGUCGUGGGAGUCUCCCUCCUCCUGGCCGGGAUUAUCUCCCUCAACCGGGUCCGCAUCGAAAUCCCGCUGGAAAAGGAGAACCAGGACAAGCUGGUGAAGUUCAUGAUCCGCAUCGGCGUGUUCAGCGUCCUGUACCUCGUGCCGCUGCUGGUCGUCAUCGGCUGCUAUUUCUACGAGCAGGCCUAUCGCGGCGUCUGGGAGACCACGUGGAUCCAGGAGCGCUGCCGGGAAUACCACAUCCCGUGUCCCUACCAGGUGCCUCAGAUGAGCCGCCCGGAUUUGAUCCUGUUCCUCAUGAAGUAUCUCAUGGCCUUGGUGGUCGGGAUUCCCUCCGUGUUCUGGGUUGGCAGCAAGAAGACCUGCUUUGAGUGGGCCAGUUUCUUCCACGGGCGCAGGAAAAAAGAAGUUGUAAACGAGAGUCGCCAAGUGCUGCAGGAGCCAGACUUCGCCCAGUCUCUCCUGAGGGAUCCCAACACCCCCAUCAUCCGAAAGUCCAGGGGCACUUCCACGCAGGGCACCUCGACCCACGCCUCCUCCACCCAGCUGGCCAUGCUGGACGACCAGAGGAGCAAGGCAGGGAGUGUCCACAGCAAAGUGAGCAGCUACCACGGCAGCCUGCACCGCUCGCGGGACGGACGGUACACCCCCUGCAGCUACAGAGGCGUGGAGGAACGACUACCUCACGGCAGCAUGUCCCGACUGACCGACCACUCCAGGCACAGCAGCUCCCACCGGCUGAACGAGCAGUCACGGCACAGCAGCAUCAGGGACCUCAGCAGCAACCCGCUGACACACAUCACGCACGGCACCAGCAUGAACCGCGUCAUCGAGGAGGAUGGCACCAGUGCCUGAGCCGGGAGGAGCGCUCCAGGAGCCUGGAGUGGUUGCACAGCUCGUGGUCCCUUCCUCAGUAUUAUCAUCCUCUCGUCGGGUGCUGAAUUUGGGCUGAAUCAGGAAGCCAAAAG